AUGCACACUUACACAGAAAGAAAUGAUCUGAUGGAAGACCUUGUAAUGCCACCUUGCAAGCUGUUUGUGGAGAUAAGUGUAUUCCUUUCUCAUGGCUAUGUAACGGAGAACAAGAUUGCCCUGAUGGUUCAGAUGAACUUUGUGGAAUUUCAAAUUGUAAAGCAAUGCAAUAAUCUCCAUAGACCUUUGCCCUUUUAUCUGAUAGGACAGAUCAAAGUAGAAUGUGGUGGUGAUCGAAAUGCCUGGCAAUGUGAAGACGGAUCGUGUAUUGCUGCUAAGUGGCGUUGUGACGGUACCAGCGAUUGUCUGGAUGGCUCCGAUGAAGAAAAUUGUGUAUGUGCAGAGAGAAAAAUUCCAUGCCAGAGCUACAAUCAAUGCAUUGAUCCUUGGGAUGUAUGUGAUGAUCAUGUAGACUGCAUAGAUGGCUCGGAUGAAACCAACUGCUCACCCAGUAGCUGCUUAGCUGGACAGUGGCAGUGUAAGAACAAAGUCUGUAUUAUGGAAGACUGGAAGUGCAAUGGCGUUGACAAUUGUGGGGAUCACUCGGACGAAGAGUUCUGUGCUCACUGCCCAGAAACAAUGUUCCAUUGUGAUCAAGGGAAAUGCAUUUUGGAAUCUCUAAUGUGCAACGGAGGGGCAGAUUGCUUGGAUGGCACUGAUGAACCCUGGUCUUGUGGCAAAAAAUGCUCUCUGAAUAAUGGUGGCUGCAUGGAGAAAUGUACAGAGACAUUUUGGGGUGUCAAUUGUUCAUGUGCUGCUGGCUGGGAACUUCUUGCUGAUGGUAAAAACUGUUCAGAUAUUGAUGAAUGUGAAAUAGCAUACAGUCCUUGUAAUCAAUUAUGCAAGAACACAUUAGGUUCCUUUACCUGUGACUGUGUUGACGGAUAUGAACUCUUCAAUGGAACCAUGUGCAAAGUUAUAGAUGCGACUACCAAAAUGCUACUAGCUGCCCCUCAAGGUCUUGCUCUCCUGGAUUUAAAGACACAUCACCAGGAGAUUCUAGUAUCUACAAAAACAAAGGCUGUCUCUGUUGCUUACGACCUCUUAAGGAAAAGCUAUUAUUGGGUUGAAGAUAAAAAACUUCAUGUUUAUGUGUCUGGAAAAAGUGAGAUGAUUCUUUAUCCAGAUGUCAGUGGUAUCAACAGCAUCUCUGUAGACUGGUUCACAGGGCAGUUAUACUGGGCCAGCAAUUUUCCUCGUGCUAUCUUUGCUGGUUUGAAUGAUGGUAGGGGCUAUGUAAAGAUCCUGGAGAAAAAUCUGGUGCCGGAGCAGCUGAUUACAUUUCCAGAGAAAAGAUACAUGUACUGGGUGAAUUGUGGUGAAAAGGACAGGACUGUAAUAGAAGCUGCAGGGAUGGAUGGAUCAGACAGACAUGUGCUUGUGGUAGUAUUUGCCGAAGAGCCCGUGGGAUUGACUCUUGAUUACAUCACUAGUAGACUCUAUUGGAUCAGUAUGUAUAAAAAGUCCAUUGAAACAGUAAAAGUAGAUGGUUCUGGAAGAUACACUUUCCCUGAUACAAUGCUGAAAAAUCAGGUUCCCCUAAGACUUGCUAUAUUUGAAAAUAUGUUCUUCUGGAGCACUGGAACACACUUGUUUUAUGCAUCUCGCACCUCACCCGGUGUUGGCACACUGCUGGACGCCUCCAUCUCUUCAUUCACAGUAUUGCAUGAGUUACAGCAAUCACUAAAGUUGAAAGUUGUGUAUUCUACUGACCAUGAAAUUUUCCAAGUGCACAUUGGACCAGAAGGUGCAAUUCAGCAGCAUCAACCCCUGAUACCUGAAUGGCCAGAAAUAAUCUAUUUUCAGGACAUGGAUUGGAAAAGAGGAUUCCUCUACUGGAUUGAUCACAAAGGAGAACUGAUGCGCUACAAUAUAGCAACAAAGACAAAAUUAAUAAUUCCUACAAACUCUCCAGUCUGUGCAGCAACUGUUGAUAUACCAUCAGGAGAUCUUUAUUGGUUAACUUGUGACAGAACCAAAAUUAAGACUACCACGUUUGUUGGCUUGGUGUCAAAGAUCCUCUAUCAUGCGGCGCUUAAGAAUAUUAUAUGGCAUCUCUACAUAGACUGGCAGAGGGCAUCUCUCCUCUGGCUUGAAAGUGGCAAACGCAUCCAGUUCCACCCUCUGAAAAGUGGGCUAAUCAAGGAAGUGUGGAAUGAAACCUGGACAGAAGAUACUCCAUUAGUUCUGGAUAUAAGUUCAUCCAAUUUUUUCUGGACUUCAAAAGACAUGGUGCUUAAUGUACUGAAUGUCAUCACCCACCGGAAAUAUAAUCUGAAGCAGGGUUGGUCCCAUGAAGUGGCAGCUGCUUAUAGGCCUUACCUGGUCACAUUCAAUGACACAUCAUUUACGAUCUGGAACAUGAAGUCAAUGGAGGCCUCCACUAUGCAAGUAGCUAAAGUAAAAAAGGCACUGUUCGUCUUUGACACAGAUUUGAAAAGUGCUGUAAUGCAAGUGGUUCCUGUCUCAAAUCCAACUGUUAAAUGGCCUCAUACUACGACUAGAGCAGUUCCACAGAUAAAAUUGAUGACAGUCGUGCCCAGGACUACAUCUACCACCUCAACAAUGGCACCUAUUGUUCUACAUACUGCAUUUACUACAAAGGCCAAAGUCGUGACACCUCUGGUUUGUGGAAGGGGAGAAUUGCUUUGCAAGAAUGGAAAAGAGUGUGUCACCCAUGAAUACAUUUGUGAUGGGGACCAUGAUUGUUCAGAUGGAUCUGAUGAAGAGGACUGUUCCCUGUUCUGUAGUAACCCAGGACUCUUCCAGUGCCAGAGUGGUCACAGAUGUAUAAAUGAGAAGUACCAGUGUGAUGGGGUGCAACAUUGCCCUGACGGCUCUGAUGAAUCUAGCUGCUGGAUGCCAACACCCCUCUGUGCUUUGCGUUGUGAUGACAACACUCGCUGUAUGCCAGAGAGUUGGUUAUGUGAUGGGAGCCCAGACUGCUUUGAUGAGGCAGAUGAAAAAAACUGUGCUCAGAUCAUAUGCAGUGACCUGCACUUCCAGUGUAAAAGCGGGCAGUGUAUUUCUUAUAUCUUGCACUGUGAUGGAAAUUAUAAUUGCAAGGACCAUUCCGAUGAAGAAGACUGCCCAGUCCCCAAACAACUGCACUGCUACAAUGAUGAAGUCAAAUGCCAUGAAAGUGGAGAAUGCAUCCAAAAGCAAUGGCUCUGUGAUGGGGAUCUGGAUUGCAAAGAUGGGUCAGAUGAGCAGCAAUGCGCUUGCAAUGAGGGGUUCAAGCUAAAUAGUGAUGGGCGCUCUUGCAAAGACAUCAAUGAAUGCAAAGAGUUGUCAGUUGAUAAAUGUAGCCAGACCUGUGUCAAUACAGAAGGCAGUUACUACUGCACAUGCCACCCUGGAUAUUUACUGGAGCCUGAUGACCACACAUGUAAAGUAGUUGGUUCUGAGCCAUCACUGCUAGUUGCAGUUCAGUUUGACUUACUUGUAUUCGGAUUAAGGACCAUGAAAGAGGAUGUUAUCUUGAGAGUUGAUCAUGAUGUCAUUAUCUUUUCCAUUGACUACGAUUUUGUAUCACAGACUGUCUUUUGGAUGAAUCUCAAUGCAGAAAGCAUCAAAUCUGACAGUAUAGCAGUGGACUGGUUAGGAAAAAAUCUUUACUGGACUGAUGGUACCUCAGGACAGAUCUUGGCUACAUGGUUAAAUAUCACUUGGAAGGGAAAUCCUGUCUAUACGAUGGUUCUUGAGAAUCUGGAGCAACCACGGUCAUUAGCUCUCCACCCACUGGAUGGAUUUAUGUACUGGUGUGAAAUAGGCUUUGAAUCCACAAUCAAGAAAGCAGGGAUGGAUGGAAGUAAUAAAGAAGUGCUAAUUGAUGAUGGAAUAGGUUGGCCCACAAGCAUAGCCAUUGACUCCUUGAGCUGGAGAAUUUUCUGGUCUGAUGACAAGUUUCACUCCAUUGGCUCAGCUUUUUUGGAUGGUAGUGAUAUGAAGAUUUUUCAGCUGGAUGAGAUACAUAGUCCCUUUUCAGUGGGUAUCUUUGAAGAUUACAUCUAUUGGUCUGACAUGCAAACAAGGAUAGUACAGAAGAUAGACAAAAGGACAGCCAAAAAUAGAACAGUUCUCCUAAAGAGUCAUGGACAACCAUAUGGACUAAAGGUGAUGCAUGAAGUUCUGCAGCCAGCAGCCCCUAAUCCAUGUGUAGAAGUUGGAUGUUCGUAUUUGUGCCUCUUAAGCCCCAGCAAAAGAGGAAGUUGCCAUUGCCCACUUGAAUUUGUGUUAUCAAGUGAUGGAAAGACUUGCAUUCCAUUAAAGGAGUCAGCAUUCAUGUUACUGGUUGCUCCUAGAGAUGUUACACAGGUCUACUUGAAAAAACUGCGUUCCACAGCUGGGCAGACAGCACUUCCUGAGCACAGCACUCUCCCCUUGAUUAAUGUCACUCACCUGAUGGCUGUAGACUACUCUGUACGCAGUGCUGCAUUGUACUUCUCAGACUCAAAUGAUGACUUUAUAAAAGUCCUGGCUAUUAAAGAUGCUGGAAGAGCUUCUUUGAAGAAGAUUCUGCCAGUUGAGGGCACUGUGAUAUCGCUUGCACUUGAUUGGCUAAGUGCCAACAUCUAUUGGAUUGACAAUAAAUAUACAUCUGUCCAAGUGGCAGCAUCAGAAGGCAAAUAUAGGGACGUGGUACUUAGUGAUGGUCUUUACAAACCAACCACUGUGGUGGUGCAUCCCCCAACUGCAUCCAUGUGCAUUGUGGAUUUAGGUGGUGAACAUGGCAUACCCAAUCCCACGAUACAAUGUGCUGCUAUGGAUGGGAGUAGGCAGAGAAUACUCUGGAAGAGAUCCCUGAUUCCUGUUGGUUUAACAAUAGUGGAUGGCGGCACCUGGCUAUAUUGGGCUGACCAAGCAAAAGGUUCUGUGGAAAGCAUUCGUCUAGAUGGCUCCGGGCACAGAUUCAUUCGGAGAGGAAUACAUGGCCUUACGCUCUUCACAGUAGGGGAUGGAAUGAUGUCCUGGACAACAGCAGCUCAAAAUCAUGCAAUGAAGGUGUGGCAUAGUCAGCUGGAAGCAGUAGAAAACUGGUGGUUUCAAACACAUCAGAAACUUGUGGAUAUAAAGAUCUACAGCAAACUAUAUCAACAAGGUAGAAAUGGCUGUUCGGAAAAGCAAGGGGGAUGCAGUCAGAUAUGUUUACCAAAUCCGCAAGGACGAAGCUGCCGAUGCACCACCGGGUACAUUUUAGAACGUGAUACUGUGUGCAUCAAAGGCAUAAGGUGCCCAGAGCCUUUGCAAGCCUGCUCAGAUGACAGCAAAUGCAUUAAAAAAGAACAAAUCUGUAAUGGAAAUCUUGAUUGUCUUGAUGGAUCUGAUGAGUUGAAUUGUCACUACAUUGUCAAUAAACCCCAGGCAAUAACUCCAUCUCGGACAACACUGCUGCAAACAAAACCAUUGCACAAAAAGAAAACUUUGGCACCCAUUAAAAUUGCCACAAAGAAACCUGUCACUAAAAAAGUGCAUGUGCAACCACAGACAAAAUACAAGAGAACUACUGUUACUGUCUAUAAAAGUACAACUUCUACCACUACACGGAUCCUUCCUUCAAGAAGAGGAGAAAAACCUACACAACCUGCAGCGGGGAAAUGGCAAAAGCCCUCUCUAGUGCAGGGGAUCAAACAAAGUGACUUAGGGUCGCAUGCUUGUAACAGCGAGACCUGUAACAUGAGAGGAGAUUGUAGUGUGGAAAACCAUAGAAUAAAGUGCAAUUGCAUGCUGGGAUAUAGUGGUGACUACUGCGAAAAAGAGGAACCAAAGUCUACGGCUGGUUCCAUUAUUUUGAGUAUCAUUACUGUCUUACUACUUGUUAUGGGAGCUGCAGGGAUCUUUAUCUACUAUAGGAGACAAAGAUCACGUCUAAGGAGAUCAAGUACGGGGUCCGAUAAAACAUUGGCCAUCUACCAGAAGGAUAACCAACCAGAAGGAGACAGCUAUGUUGAAGAUGAAACAUGCAUCAAUGCCGCUUAUGACCCAGGCCAGGAAAUGAAAACUACUAUGAAGACAAGCACAGAUUUGUAA